AUGUCCUUUAGACCCUCUGUUUCUCUACCUCUGAGCCUGCUUAGCCUGUCUCUCGCGUCUAUCGUGUCCGCGCAGUCCGCGUCCCUAUCUCCCGCCGCGCAAGCUGCUCAGGCUGGCGCAUCGCAAAUCCUCAGUCCUUCCUUUGCAGGUUUCGGUCUCGAGCCGUCGAACCUGUAUUCUUUUACCGGAGGCUCAAGGAACAACCAUUUUACGAGUAACCUACUCAACACCCUCACCCAAUACUCCGGCGCACCGCCAGCCUUUCGCAUCGGCGGCAACACUGGCGAUUACAUGAUAUACGAUGAGUCCUACAACGGCUAUCACCUCCGGGAGAACGCCAAUUCGCAAGGCGCAGGAGCCAUUACGAGCGAUUCGUCGUACUUCGGGCCUACGUACUUCGAGGUCAUUGAUAGGUGCUUUCCGGCCGGCACGCCCAUCACCUACCAGUUGAACAUGGCUUGGGAUGGUGAUGGGUAUAUCGAGGGUGUUGUUCGGCAAGCGCAGGCUGCGGUCGACCGCUUUACCAAUGUUGAGCUUCGGUCGUUCGAGAUGGGCAAUGAACCGGACUUAUGGCUACAGAACGGAUUCCGGACAGGCUCUUGGGGUGGCCAGGUGUAUACCCAGCAGUGGCUUGAACGCGUAGCAGCAGUUUACAGUCGAGUCUUGCAGCCAGCUGGCAUUCGAAGCAAUUUCUUCGAGCCCCCGGCGACUGCCUCAACCAUGGGUACCACUUUUGAGAUCAACAUGCUCGUUGAGUAUGGCAUCACCGAGCCUAGCAAUGACGCUCCCAAUGGGUACGUGAACGCUUGGAACCAGCACGACUACUUCUACUUCAUAAGCGUGACUCCGUACCCCAUUACCCUUGACCACCUCCAAGUCCUCCGCAACACCGAGAACCAGUUCAAGUACUGGGAGAGCCAGGUCGCGCAAGCCCUGGGAACUGGUCUCCUAUACCAUCUCCGCGAGAUGUCCAGCGUCGGGCCCAUCGGCCAAGAAGGCGUCUCCGAUACCUUCGGCGCCUCGCUCUGGACGCUCAAUUUCUUCCUCUACACCGCGACCCUCAACAUCUCAUCCGUGCAGAUGCACAUGACCGACAAUUCAUUCGCCAGCCCCUGGCAGCCCGACCGCCGUUACGACCGGGACCCGCACGUGCGCCCAAACUACUACGCCUACGCCGCCAUGGCGCAGCUUAUCGGCUCCGGCAACGGCACCGCCCAGGUCGCCCGGCUUGCGAUGCCCGGCCUGCCCCCAGACUACGGCGAUAGCGUCCGCUGCUACUCCGUGUACCGAGACGGCUCGCUCUCAGCCGUCGUGAUGAUUAACUCCAAGCCCGCCAACGCCUCCGCACCAGCUAAAGCGAGUCUAACCUUAGACCUCACCCUCCCCUCCUCUCUCGCUGGUGAGACCCUCUACCUCUCCUACCUCACCGCCCCCGGCGGCGACAGCCAGAGCGGUACGACCUGGAACGGCCUCUCGUACGAGGAAUCUAACGACGGCACCCCUACCGCCGUCGCCGAUUCCAUCCAGACCGUCCAGGUCUCCAGCGAUGGCAGCGCCAGAGUUUCGGUUCGGGAUAGCGAGGCCCUGGUCGCCAAUAUCGGGUUUCGGCUGGGCGAGAGGGCCGUGCUGGCGCCGAAUGGCAGCACAACGACUUCGAGUGCGAGUUCGCGGACCACGAGGAGCAGUGCUGCGGGCGGGGCGGAGAGCACGAGGAAUGUGGCUGUUCUGACGGCGGCGGCGACGACGACGGUCGCGUUGUUAGGGAGUGCGACGCCGGAGGCUGCUGAGGCGGCGACGACGAGUCGGCCGAGUAAGGCGUCAGCGAAGAGCGAAGGCAGGAGGGUUGUGCUUGCGAUUGGGGCGGUUUUGGCUGGGGUGGUGAUGGCUGGGAUUAUAUGGUAA